AUGAUCCAAAAAGACGGCAGAUUCAUCACGAUCGACGGAGAUGAAUUUGAAAAUCCUUUCUCAGUGCUCACGUUCCAUAAGAUAUUUCGGUUAGUUUCUAGCUAUGCCACAUCAUCACCGGUAACAGAAUCGGAUCGAUCGAAUCGUAUUGUCAAUGGUUUCAUAAUUGAUAUAAGUGAAGUGCCAUAUCAUGCGGCUCUGCGUCGAAAAUCAAGUGUGGGUUGGAGUUAUACGUGUGGAGCCGCCGUUAUAACAACCAGAGCAGUUCUUACAGCCGGCCAUUGUGUGAAAACAAUAGAGUUCGAUCCAUCGUCAGUUAGGCUAACGGUUGGGAGCUCUAACCGAUUGUCUGGAGGCGAUACGUACGAAAUAUCCAAAGUCCAUGUUCAUGAGGAGUAUUCCACAAUUACACUAGAACAUGAUAUAGCGAUGCUUGUGACAUCAACUAAAAUAAGUUUUGGAAAAAACGUUGACGCAGUAUUCAUCGCUGAACCCAAUUAUGAUAUUCCAAUAGGCAAAAGUGCUUUAGUUUCAGGAUUUGGAGUAACAUCGUACGGUGGAGCACCAUCUUCAACACUACUUGCUACAAAAGUGGAUAUCAUCUCCCAAGAAGCAUGUUCCCGCGCUUACCGUAGGAUCGCAAGAAUCGCAUCGGGAAUGAUAUGCGCUUUUGCAAAUAACCCCCCAAGAGAUGCGUGUCAAGGCGAUUCUGGCGGACCUUUAGUAGCUGAUAAAACUUUAGUUGGAAUAGUAUCUUGGGGUGAAGAAUGCGCUAAUAGUACCUAUCCCGGCGUAUACACUAGAGUUUCUAAUUAUUAUACGUGGAUAAUGAACAAAUUAGUGUUACUAUAA